GCGGUCUAUGGGCGGUACACUGACUGGCUGAGUCUGCUGUGCGGAGGGAGAUGGAUGCGACGCCGCUGUCUACCGGCUGUGUGAAUGAGAUGGAGGCCGGUGGAGAUGAAGAGGGAGAGGCUCGGGAGGAGAGCACGGAGUGCCAGAGACUCACUGCAGAGAGAGAUGAGGCUGAAAGGCAACUCAAGCACAUUAAACGGGUUUCCCAAAUGGUGAUCGAGGAAGUGAACGUACUACAGACCCAGCUUGAGAUUGAGAAAUCAUGCCGGGAAAAUGCAGAAGCUCUGGCUACCAAGUUGAACUGUGAGAACAGGAAGCUGAAGUAUUUGAGCCUGUCCUCGCGGCCGUGUCUGGACGAGCUGCUGCCCAGUAUUUCUGACUGCAUUUCCCUAGAAGAAGAGACUGACACACAAGAUCCUGGCUCUGAUCCUUUUUCACAGUAUAAGCAGCAGGUCAACGAUCUCCAAGAAACCGUGAGUUCUUUGCUGGAGGAGAAGAAGCAGUUGACCUGUCAGCUUCAAGAUCAGCAGAGGCAGAUAGAGGAGCUGACAGCGCUCACUGAAAAGGAGCAGGCCGAGAUGAAGGAGCUUUAUAAAACCAUUGAACAGCAGAGCAAGACCAUUAAGAGGUUCAAUAGGGUGUCUAUGAUGGCCACUCAUGAGUAUGAAAACAUGAAGGAUCAGCUGGAUUUGGAGCAGAGCCUCAGGCAGAAAGCAGAGACCUAUGCACAUGAGAUGAUGGUGAAGCAGAAAGAAGCAAACAGACAGAGCAUGAUUCUGGUGCAGCAAGCGGAUCCCAGCAUUCAACUGCUCAAAGCUUUAGAAGAUGUGGCCAGUGUGACCAAAACAUUAGAAGAAGAGAGAAUACAGCACCAAGAGAAGGUAAAAGCUCUAGAGGCUGAACUGGAAGAAUGUGCUUUGCGUAAGCAGCUAGUUCAACUGCAAAGACAACUGGAGAUAUUAGACGAAGAAAAGAAAGAGACUGAGGGACGACUGCAGGAGGAAGAGAAGAGAAACACUCUUUUGGAACAGAAAGUUAAAGAGCUGCAGGAGGAGAGGAGGAGCUGUGCAUCAGCAUCAGCAUCAGCAUCAGGCCCCGCCCCUGGGACUGCUCCUCCCCCAGCCCCUCCUCCUCAACCACCUCCCCCUCCUCCACCCCCACCUCCUCCACCUCCACCUCCUCCUCCCUCCCGCUGUAACCCCCUCAGCUCUCUCAUUGCCAUCAUGAGGAAAUCUUCCAAGGGAGGUAAAGGAGCCCCCAAACCAGAGCAAGCCCCAGUGAAUGAAGCAGUGGACGACGUCAAAGUCAAAGCUGUCAAUGAAAUGAUGGAGAGAAUCAAACACGGCGUGGUUCUCAGGCCUGUGAAGAGUCAGGACACUAAGAGAUUUGGCACAAAGCAGCCGAGCCCAGUGGCAGCAGCAGCAGCAGCAGCGGCAGCAGUGGAGGAAAAGCAACAGGAAAGUGCAAUGGAAGAGCUGAAAGGCAUUCUGGAGACGGUGAAGAAGAGUCCCAGUCGUGGUUUCCAGGAAGUAGUUCAUGCUAAAAAGGACAGUGAACUGGAAGUAAUUCUGAGGAGGAGACGCAAACAGGCCUGUGAUCCGGACACGGAAGAUGAUGGGCAGCUGAGUAAAGUCUCCUCAUCAAACAGCCUGAAUGGCCGACACAGUUCUGACUCUGGCAAAGACACAGAAGGGCCGGGCAGCAGCUCUCUGUCGGGCAGCGAGCGCGGAUCAAGAACCAGCUCAGACUCGGGCCGAGAGCCAGCCGUGGCUCGACAGAGCUCCGAUUCUGGCAUGGAGUCCAAAGGAGCCGCUCAGACAGACAAUGUCCGCAGAUCUCUCUCUGAGAAAGAGUCCGCUGAACCAGUCCCCAACGGGUGCUAUUCAAGUGAAAUGAAGGAUGGGGAUCCAGAGAAGUGGGCGGGGCCCAACGGGAUCGGCCUUACGGAUGCAAGUGACAACAUGCAAACCACCAUCAGCUCCUCUGCACAAAGCCCCAAUGCAGCAAACAGUAGCACAGACGCCGAGUGUUAACGGCAAGUGGCGCUGCAAGGACAGCUGCAUUAUUUGCACAAAACCAUGCUUUCUAAAUUUGUUUAUUCCAAAUUCAAAACCGACCGUUCAUAUUUUAAAUGAAUAUAGAAAGAUCAUUUCAUCAUUUGCAGCUUGAAAAAACAAAACAAAAAAACACAUCUUACCAGACACAUUUUUUCCUUUCAGUGUAAAUGUACUGUACCAGUAAACAGGGUGUUUAGACGUUAGAGACUUCAAUCAUACGCUUCAGAUUCAUUAAGCACAGUAGUUGCUAUUAUUCAUCUUGGAUUCAUGGAUUCAACAUCUGAGUCACAUUUCCAUAAGAAUGCAAGCAAGGAAACUUUAAUGAUGAAGGGUGUAAUUUCUGUGCCACUAGCAGCAGAAUUUGAGCGACCUGAUCAAGGAAAUCCUGGAGAAAUGAUCGGCUAACAGUCCCAUUCAUCUCAAUUCAUCUGAGACGGAGCAGAACCUCACGGAUGUACGUGAUUAAUGAGCGGCCAUCUUCGCGACCUUUGCAAUCCCCCUCAUGUCAUUCCAGAGCUGUACAACUUUCUUUCUCCUGACGAACACAAAAGAUAUUUUGAGAAAUGUCACAGUGGAAGUCAAUGGGGUCCAAAACAUCACUAGACCCCACUGACUUUCACUGUAAGAAAAGAGUUUCUUCUCUCAAAAUAUCCCUUUAAGAAAUAUGCAUUUUGCAUGCUAAUAAGUCAAACCUUGAUGCCUUUCACCCAAUUGACAACACUGGCUCAACCAAAAACGUGAGUUUAGGUCAGGACUACUUGUUUUAACAAUGGCAGAUGCCGCUAGUGGCACAGAAUAUACUUCAGAUUCAAUGCAAAGCAGUAAAACAAUCCUGACAGAAUCACUGCACUGCACAUCAUGGCACCUUUGCUGUUACAAAAAGGUCCUAAGUGUGAACUAGACUUAUCCAAAUUAAUCAAGAGAUGCAAUUAUAAGCCAUUCAAGCGAUUCUUUCCGUUAAGAGGAACUGUUGUGGUCUGUUCUGUCUACCUCUUAAGACACACUCACCUCUUGGGGAUCUAAAUCGCACAUCCUAGAUGUUAGGAAAAUGAAUACCAUCGAAUCAUGGAGGGCUACGUACCCAUGUCUUCCAGCCAUUUCCAAAACUUUGCACUGCAUGAAUGCACUGUAGAAGAGUUUGGCUUUGAUUAACAGUUGCGUCUUGAUUAAAUCUGCUCACUGAUUCUGAGCUGUUCCAAUGCAAUAUCAUCUGCAAAUUGUAAUAUUGUGCAGGAUCAGGCUGCCUUUAAUAACUGCGAAUAUUUGCCUUGUAACUCCUCUUUGACUCGAAGUGGAUCAUGUUAAUGGUACGACAUGGAGAAUAUUAAUGAGACUGUAGGGUUCUGGCCAUCUCAGUUGUCCUGGUCUUAUUGCCCAGCAAACACAGGGAACGUUCUUAGAACUUUGGCUAAUGUUCCGGCAAGGUUCUAUCAAGGUUAUUAACAAACGUUUUAUCAGUAACAUUAAUAGAACGUUCGUUCAAUGUUAUCUGGUCUUUAAUGUUCUAAAAAAAUUAGCACAAAAGACGUUAUUUAUACGUUAUUCAUAGAACUUUUUUUGUUUUAGUUUCAGUUGGACGUUUUGCUACUUACUACUUGUUUCAGAACAUUCAGAGAACAUUUAAGGGAACAUUCCCAUAAUGUUUGCAAAAUUAUAAAAUGGAAUGCAUAACCAAAACACUAAACAAACUGAACAUUUUGAAUGUUAACCCUCUGGGCCUCUUUGGUCGGACUUGGUGACUUUUGUCGCAUUAGCUAUGUAAACACACACACACACACACACAAAACAAUGGACGUGAGACGGAUAUGUUAAAGAGUUCAAAAAUAAAAAAGUUUCACUUGUUAAAAAUGGCAGUGGAAAAAAAAUAGCUCAUAAAAGUUUUUGAAAUAUUGUAGUAUCAUAAAAUCCCCUUAAAAUCCUAAAUAGAAAUUCAAAAAUAAUUUUGAACAAAAAUAUUUUACAUUGAUUUUUCUGAAAAACAGGUUAUAUUUCAAGGCUUCAGUCACGUUUGACCACAAAGGUACCAAGUGUGACCCAAAAAUGAAGAGGUACAGAGGGUUAAAAGAACAUUCAAAAAUAACGUUUUCAUAACUUAAUAGGAAUGUUAGCAAAACGUUCUUAAAAAUAUAUAUUUGUUAGCUGGGUGGUCUGACGUCUUCGGUAUCAGUCUAUCUGCAAUAAUAUUUGACAUGUCCGAUAAUUAUGGUUGCAAUUAUGUGUCACUUGUCAGAAAAUCUGAAUUGUUUUAUUAUAUAUUCUUGUUUUCACGCUGUCGUCACAAGUGAUUCUAAUAACCCACGUUGACGUGACUCAUUUACACUCUUUUUUAAUGUAGGAGACUUGUUUAAAUUGCUCCUUGAUUUUUCACCACUUCUGGAAUGUGUUUUGGCCUUACUGUAUGCACCACUUCUUCCUUUUCAGCCUUAUUGGAGUGUAGGCUUGAUUUUCUAUAAGAACUGAGAGGUGAUUGAUCUGACUUGUGAUCUUGAAAUGAGUGUGUUUUGAAGCUUAAACUGAGUGUACCUGUUUUUAUUUAAAUUGAUCUGAAUCUCCCUCUUCAACAUACCUUUUAAACAACUGAAUAAACUUAUGAAGAAAUACAGACUGUUUACUGUACC